ACUGCGGAAAGGUCGGCACCGCGGCGCGGCGCUUCCCCUUCCGGACGCGCCGGGGCUUCUGUCAACAUGGCAGCGGCGGGCGGGCGGCAGCCACAGCGGUGGUUCCUCUGGGCGGCAGUGCUUGCACAUGUGGUGGCAUCAGGUGCGGGUUUUGUGGUCGAUCUAGAUGAGUCGUUUAAAGAAAACCGUAAAGAUGAUAUUUGGCUCGUAGAUUUUUAUGCACCUUGGUGUGGCCACUGCAAGAAACUAGAGCCUGUGUGGAAUGAAGUGGGUGUGGAAAUGGAACGCAUGGGCUCUCCAGUAAAAGUUGGGAAGAUGGAUGCAACUUCUUUUUCUAGUAUUGCAUCUGAAUUUGGAGUGCGAGGCUAUCCAACAAUUAAACUCUUAAAAGGUGACUUGGCAUACAACUAUAGAGGACCUAGAACCAAAGAUGAUAUAAUUGAAUUUGCUAAUAGAGUGGCAGGACCUCUUAUCAGGCCACUUCCUAGCCAGCAUAUAUUUGAGCACGUGCAGAAGAGACAUCGUGUACUUUUUGUGUACGUUGGUGGUGAAUCUCCUUUAAAGGAAAAAUACAUUGAUGUUGCUUCAGAACUAAUAGUUUAUACAUACUUUUUUUCUGCCUCAGAAAACGUGCUGCCUGAGUAUGUGACAUUGCCUGAAUUGCCUGCUGUUGUGGUCUUCAAAGAUGGAACUUACUUUGUUUAUGAUGAGUAUGAAGAUGGUGAUUUGUCAUCCUGGAUAAACAGAGAAAGAUUUCAAGGUUAUCUUAACGUGGAUGGCUUUACACUUUAUGAACUUGGAGAUACAGGAAAACUUGUGGCUAUUGCAGUCAUUGAUGAUAAAAACUCUUCAGUGGAGCAUACCAGACUAAAAUCUAUUAUUCAGGAAGUUGCUAGAGAUUAUCGGGAUAAUUUUCACAGGGAUUUCCAGUUUGGCCAUAUGGAUGGAAAUGAUUACAUUAAUAGUUUACUAAUGGAUGAGGUGACAAUCCCUACUAUUGUUGUCUUGAAUACCUCCAAUCAGCAGUAUUUUCUACCAGACAGACACAUCGAGAACACAAAAGACAUGGUUAAGUUCAUUAACAAUAUCUUGGAUGGUACUGCUGAAGCACAGGGUGGUGAUGGACUCCUGCAACGAAUCAAGAGAGUAAUCUAUGAUGCAAAGUCUACUGUAAUGUCUGUGUUCAAGAGUUCACCACUUCUGGGAUGCUUUCUCUUUGGGUUGCCCCUGGGGGUGAUCAGCAUCAUGUGUUAUGGAAUCUGCACAGCUGAUCCGGAUGGAGGGGUAGAGGAGAAUGAGACAGCUAAAAAGGAGAGCAGCGAUCGGGAGCUCACAGACGAGGGCACUGAGGAGGAACAAGAAGAAGGAAAGAAUGGAAGAGACACAGAACUUUCAGAUGAUGAGCUUCAACAGAAAGACCUCAUGGAAAAGAAAAAAGACUAACUUGUUUAGCACAAGUGUUCUCUAGGAUUUCCAAAAACACUUAUUUAUUGAAGGUAGUCAUUUGUUGAUGAUCAUCAUAAAAAAGGACCUUUUUGUUUGCGUUACGGUAGUUUUGGCUUGCAUGUAAUUCCCAUUUUAUCAGAAAUUGACAGGGGGGAAAAAAAAACAAACCCAUGGAUGUUCUCUUAAUUAUCUUUAAUAGAUAAACUAAGAGCAAUUUUAACUGAAGACCUUUGCAGGUACAAUUCUACACUUUUUUUUUUUUUUUCAGAAGAGUUUUGAAUUGGUCAUUUCCAGAACAGCAAGAUAAAGGUAAUGUCACUUGACCUGAGUGUAAAUGAUGAGCUACUACUAAUACAGCUCAGCUAAACACACCGUCACACAAAAGUAAGGCUGAAAACUAAGAGAUUAAGAGAUCUGACAAAGUCUCUCACAGCCUGAUAGCUAAAGACAAUUUAGUUUCCCAAGAAGUCACAUUAUUUUGAAACAAAAAGCAAGUAACUCACCCAAACUUUUCUAUUUUCUCAAGUUCAAUGUAAAUUAUUAUGAAUUAGAGAACUCUUUUAUGAGAUAAUAUAAUUAGUGGCAGUUGGGAAAGUUUACUUGAUGUAAGAUGAGGGAGUUGUAUUCUAAAAUGUUUCUUUAGCAGCUAAAAAUAUUGGGAGACUACAUUGUAAACCUUGUAGAACACAAUGGCCUGUUAAAUUGUUUUGCAAGUGCUUAAACAAUCUUACAGUGCUGUAAUGGGUUAACCUUCUGUUUAACACAGAAGUGAGGGAAAGUAACACACACAAAAACCCCUCUGGGUUGAGAUAAAAAUAGUUUAAUAUUAAAUGAGAUAAAAUGCACAGUGACCUUAGCCUGCUUGCAGAAAGCAGCAGCAGCAGCAGCAGUGAGCGACCUCCCACCCACCCCUUGUGACCCAGCAGAAAAAGCCACUACCCCAAAGCCAGGAACCAGAAGCAGCACCUGGAAGAGGAGGCAUCUCAUGUUCCAAUCGAACUUCAAGCCCCGUAAUACAUUGCUCCAGCCAGCACUUUUCAUUUUGAAGCUGGUGUGAUGGCAGCAUGGGGUUGAAUAUCAACAGCAGAUUCAAUUCAACCCAUGACAAGUGACCAGUUUCCUGAAUCUGCAGGAGAACUUGAUAAAGAUGUGACUAGAAGCAGUCUCUGGCUAUUCUGCCUAACUGUAAUGAUAAGCUCUCUGAAUGGGGUAAACUUGUUUUACAGUCUUCAGGUUGUUAUGGAUCUUCAAGGUAGCUGGUGGUGAGACUUCUCUUUGAGACUGUUUCCCGCUCUGAAGGAGGGAGUUAAUGGAGCAGAAUAUGAACAUUCAUAGAGAUUGGUCAGUGAAACGCAUUUUUGUUACCUUUUUAAUCAUUUGAAUCACUUUUAAUAUAAUCCUGUGACUGAGAAAUGGACUCAUUUGUGUCCAGGGUUAAAAUCUUCAAGGAUAAGCAGUGCCAAGCCUGUCAAUUUAUUUGGACUGUAGCAAUUUGGACUUGGUGCUGAUAGUUAAAAUGUAGGACUGUUAAGGCAGUAAUAUGUUUUUUGAUUUGUCUCUUUUCCUCCAGUUUUAAUUUUGGCUCAGGCUGGAAACAAGCAGCUUCUGACUUAGAAAAACUGAAGUCAAUGGAACACCUCUGUUCCUUCUUAUGGUAUUUAGUAAAAAAAUCUGAAUUUUGCUUCAUUGCUGAGAACUGUUUCAAUUAUGAGCCUUCAUUUUUUGGUUAUUUUUGUCAGUGUUUGUUUAUAAACAGUAGUAGCUAAGAAAUCUUCUGAGCUAUGGACCAGAAUAUGCUAAAUACUGUGCAAGAAGCAGAUCACAGUGUGAUCUGUUCAAACUGUAACACAUAACUGUUAGGCUUAGGAGGAGAGCAUGUGUCUUAGUCACUUCUGAGGUGUAGUAUCAAUCAGGUGUGUACUGAACUGUUGAAAAUUAAACAUGAGCUGUACUGCCAUUUUCACCAAAUCCUUCUCCUAGCUUUAUUCAGUGAGACACAGGGAGAGGAAAAGUGUACAGGUCAUAGAGUGGGUGUCAGAAGUGAUGAGAAAUUGAAGGGGUUUGCUGUGGUCAUGCACGUAAUUUAGAAAGUUGUCUGAGAAACUCUGGCAUUUUUUUUUUAUUUCAGUCUCUAAAGGUUUCUUAAAGCAACUUCACUGUAAUAGUUUUAAAUUCAUGGAAUAAUUCUGCUUUUUUUAAGUCAAGUGUUAGCCUUCUGGUUUUGGCUUUUGUUUUUGUUGUUUUCUGUAAUAAAAACAUGUA